AUGAACAUUGAAUUUUUCCAGAAACCUCCAAGCCAUCUCUCCACAGAUUCUGGGGUCUCCAUCUUUUUCUAUGAGUUCCAGCAUCGACCCAGUUCUUUUGCGAAGAUCAAGCCGGCCUGGGUGCGGGCUGAUCAUGGGGCUGAGAAGACCUUCAUCUUCGGGGGUCCUUUCCUCAUGGAUGAGAGCUCCACGCUGGAAGCCACAGGGGAGGAGCAGGAGCUGAGCCUCACCAUGAUGGCCCAGUGGACCCACUUCUCCUGGACAGGGUGCCUUGCAUACCAAGGAGCCUCUAGUGGUUACCAAAUAUGGGACCCUCCAAGAAAGCAGGUACAUGUGGGGAAGACACCCAUCAAUGCCUUCCUAGGAGUUCCCUUCUACAGACCUCCUGUGGGUGCCUGCAGGUUCACUGCCCCAGAACCCCCAGAGCCCUGGGAAGGAAUCAGAGAUGCUACCACCUAUGCCCCAGUGUAAGAGCCAGAGGACUGUCAGCUGGGAUGUGGGCAGACCCUGAGGAAGGCGGUGAACCUAUGCCUGCCUCUGGGCAGGGGUUUGAACAACCCACUGAAAAGAGUGCUCUGUGUGGCCACAGGCAGUCCUGGCAACCAUUCUGGGCCUCAGUUUCCAAACCUAUAUAAUGAAGUGGCUGGUCCAGAUGGUGUUUAAGGCACUGAUAAUGCUGUUCUUGAUUCUCUCAUGGGAGAGCUCCAGGCAAGGAGGAGGUGCAUACUGACUGUGCCCCCAGGACCUGCUGGGGAGCUGAGUUUCCCUAAAUGUGUGUGAGGAGCAGUACACACACACACACACACACACACACACACACACACACACACACACACAGAGUGAACCCUGAGCUCUUCCCUCUUCCUUGGUGCUUGAACCUAAGAACAAGCCCACGUGGCACCACCAGCCCUUCCCUGCAGAAGGAGGCCAAAAUGGGGAGGGCAUGGGCUCAGUUUCAGUUUUAAUGUCCCAGGGUCUCAGUGCAACCUCUAGCUGGGCUCAAGCCCUGAAUCACAUGAGCAUGUUGGGACAAUGGCUGCCCUUUGACGCACUGGGCUUGGCAGUUUACCAAGAACAAGUGUAUUUACUGUUUACAUAGACCAUUGAGUAACCCACUGUCCAGAACAUUCUGUGGCGAACAUUAACAAUGUUCAGCAUCAGUUGGAUAAAGUAUUGGCUUUAGAAAAAUGUCUACUGUGAGAACCUGGGUGUCAGGUGAUAUAGAAAACUACAACUACCACACUGGAUGUCUAGUUGUUAAAAACACGGUGUCCACUGUUUUUUUUUUUUUUUUUGCGGUACGCGGGCCUCUCACUGUUGCGGCCUCUCCCGUUGCAGAGCACAGGCUCCAGACGCGCAGGCUCAGCGGCCAUGGCUCACGGGCCCAGCCGCUCCGCGGCAUGUGGGAUCUUCCCGGACCGGGGCACGAACCCCCGUCCCCUGCAUCGGCAGGCAGAUUCUCAACCACUGCACCACCAGGGAAGCCCAAAAACACGGUGUCCACUGUUAGAACAUGAUUGACUGUUACUAGAACACUGGCAUGUUGGUUGUUAAAACACUGGCCAUCACUGACAGAAACCAAGGUA